AUGGAGAACUCCCAGGAGCCCAGCACGACAGCCGACGAUGGAGCUCCGGUGGAGCUUCCAUCUUUGGAGGUUCCUCCAGCGGAGGAGCUCACGCUGGCAGAUCCGCCGGCAUCGGAGGACCCCGGGCAUAUCGCCGCGUGUGUUUACUACUGGCGGCCCACUUAA